UUUCAACUGUAACUUUCACCUUUCAUUUACAGUUCGUUAGUCCCCCUUUUGCUUCUGACAAUAUAACAUUAAAAUAUUUCUAAAAUGAUGAUUUUUAAUAAAUUUUAAAAAAAUAUUAUUUAUUGGUGUCGUAAAUUUGAAAAAUAUCAAAUUCAGUGAGUGUUUUUAAAUAAAAAGGCAAAAAUGUCAAAAUUAAUAAUUUGGACUGCCGGAAUUGUGUUGAUAUUUUUGACAAUAGUUUUCCAGACGUCAGCAUUGAUUGGAAAACCACAAGCUCCAAAUUUCCAAUAUUUUGAAAGACCGCGAUACAGAUAUCCAUAUUAUGACGAAAAUGGAAGAGGCCGCUUGCUCUAUGGAUAUGGUGGAUCAGAUUUAUAUCAAUAUAAGAGUUAUAGUGCUCUUGAGGGUAUUCACUGAUCAGAAGAUUUGUUUUUAGCAAUAAUUUUUUUUUUCUCCUUCAAAUUGGCAUUUUUUCUCUAUAUUCAUUACCAUUGAGCGCUUUCUUUAUUUUAUUCAAUUUACUAAAAAUUCUUCCUGUACUUUUGCAGUAUUUAAAAUUCUAAUAAACAGUACAUGAAUUCUUAUAUUUGAUCAAAGAGAUUUUAUUAUUUUUACUAACAUAACUAUUUUUUUGUAUAUGUAUUUGUAUAAAUAACGUAGCUCAAUUUAAUAAUAAUUAUUAUUAUAUAUUAUUUGCAAUUUGUAUAACAAUUCCAAGGGGAAAAUAUGUUAUGUGUGUUUAUUAAAAUUGUGUACUAGAUAUUUAAUUAGUCGCGAAAUAUUUUAACAAUAUUAUUUUAUCGUCAAAUGCAUUAACGUAAUAACAAAAAAAAAAAAAGUUUACAGCUGCCUUCUUUCAUUCCAGAAGAGAUCGCUUGUAAAAUACUACACAAAGAAUCUAAAAAAGCCCUUUUGUUGUUUGUAUUAUAUAAAAAAAAAUAAUUAAAUUUUUUAUUGAUAAUUUUCAA